AUGGCGCCCACCCAGACGGUGCAUCACCACCGCUCGACCACCAAGGCGUCUCACAAACCCUACAAGUCCAAGCAUGCCUCCAAGAGUGCUUUGAAGGACAAGGCAAAGGGCAAAGUCGAAUACGCAGAGCGGGGCACUCGCAAAACCCCCCACCAGCAACUCAUGUCGAAGCUCGAUCGCCGCAACCAGGCCCGCCAGAAGCAGCAGGUGAAGCACCAGGAGAAAGCCCAGGCAACCAGUAUUUUCACCGGUCAGAAUGGUGCUCCCCGCCAUGUCGCUAUCGUGCCGCUGUCCGCCGAUAUCGAUAUCGCCGCCGCCAUUCGUGCAGUCAACGAGAGUGUUGAUGUGUCCGCUGAUGUCUCGCCGGAUGGACCGACUCGUGUGCGAAUCGAUCGCUUCCGCCAGAGUGUGCUGUAUAUUCCGGCCAAAUACGAUUUGCUGAGCGCUUUGGAUGUCUGCCGUAUGGCUGAUUUUGUCGUUUUGGUGCUGUCGGCUGAGGUUGAGGUCGAGGAGGAGGGAGAACUAUUGCUGCGGUCAAUUGAGAGCCAAGGUAUCUCCAAUGUUAUGACGGUGGUACAGGGCCUCGACAAAGUGAACCCGCCAAAGAAGAGGCCGCAGGUGGCGUCAUCUUUGAAAUCCUUCAUCAACCACUUCUUCCCGUCAGUCGAGAAAGUCAUGUCGCUUGAUGCGAGACAAGAAUGCUCAAAUAUCAUUCGUUCUCUCUGCACCGCAACUCCCAAGGGCAUCCGCUGGCGCGAUGAGCGUAGCUGGAUGUUUAUCGAACAAGUCCAGUGGCCAGAAACGAACUCGGAGACGGUGGACGAUGUUGUGGUGACAGGAAUUGUCCGUGGCAAGGGUCUGAAGGCAGACCGUAUUGCGCAUAUCCCCGGCUGGGGCGAUUUUCAGAUUGAAUCUAUUACGGCGGCACCGCUACCGAGCACAAAGAACAAGCGGGAUGAUGCCAUGGCUGUCGACAGCAACGAGACCACCAAGAUCCUGGAUGGCCCCACGGCGGAUCAGGAUGAUAUGGCUACGGUUGCACCAGAGGAAAUCGAGAUGGAGGACGACGACAUGCCAUCAAUGGCCGAUACCGACCGAAAGGGUGUUUUGCUUGACGAGCACCACUACUUUUCGGACGAUGAAUCACAUAUCCCGGCCCGACCGAAGCGGUUACCCAAGGGUACUUCCGACUACCAGUCUGCAUGGUACCUUGACGAUGUCUCGGAUUCUGGGUCUGAUUUGGAGGACGAGGACGAGGAGAUGGUGAUGGAUACCGCCGGAGCACCCGAAGAUGGUGUGUUCCCCGAUAACCACGACGCCAUGACCGAGGGUGGUCCGUCCGAGUACCCACAGUCGGAGAUGUUCCUUGACCCGUCUCCUGAAGACGAGGCCCAACAGCUGGAGGAAUAUCGAGCCAGCCGCCGGAACGAGGCCAAUGAGGACCUUGAAUUCCCCGAUGAGAUUGAAUUGCACCCCAACGUGCUGGCGAGGGAGCGCCUGGCUCGCUUCCGGGGAUUGAAAAACCUCAAGAUCAGCCCAUGGGAACUAUCCGAAGACCGUCCGUUUGAGCCGGAGGACUGGCGUCGAUUGCUCCAGCUCGGUGACUACAAGGGCGCCAAGAACAGAAUUCUUCGUGAAACUCUGAUCGGUGGCGUCAACCCGGGCAUUCGCGUGGAUGUGCAUCUCAAGUCAGUGCCGUCGUCUCUUCGCAACAAACCGCAACCAAUGGCGCUCUUCUCCCUUCUCCGACACGAGCACAAGCACACCGUGGUCAACAUCAACAUGACUCUCAACGGGAGCGUCGAGCAGCCCCUCAAGUCCAAGGAGGAAUUGAUUGUGCAGGUCGGCCCCCGUCGACUGGUCGUCAACCCCAUCUUCUCGGCCGGCGACAACACACCCAACAAUGUGCACAAGUUUGACCGUUUCCUGCACCCCGGCCGCAGCGCCAUCGCAACCUGGAUCGGGCCCAUGACUUGGGGCGCAGUGCCCGUCCUCGUUUUUAAGAGCAAGAAACCCGAAGACCCCGAGGUCCUCGACAUGGCAGACGCCAACCCCCAGGAUCUGUUGUCUCUGGAUCAGCUGGAGCUGAUCGGUACCGGAACCGUUGUGGCACCAGACCACGGCCGUGUGGUUGCGAAGCGCGCCAUCCUCACGGGCCACCCGUACAAGAUCCACAAGAAGGUCGUCACGGUUCGGUACAUGUUCUUCAACUCCGAGGACGUCAACUGGUUCAAGGCUCUGCAGCUGUGGACCCGUCGGGGCCGCAGUGGUUUCGUCAAGGAGAGCCUUGGUACCCACGGUUACUUCAAGGCUACCUUCGAUGCGAAGAUCAACCCGCAGGACUCGGUGGGUAUCAGUUUGUACAAGCGUGUUUUCCCUCGCAAGGCGAAAGCGCUGGAGGAUGCUGUUGCUGUCUAA